AUUAUGGUAGUGUACAAACUUUCGGACUGACCACGUCUCUCUCAUCUCACAGCUGGCCUCUGCCAAUACCUUGGAGCAUAGAGGCCAUCCGCAGGAUUAUCAAUGCUUGUAAGCCUUUGAUAUGUGAGUUGAGGGCGUUUUUUAGAGCUCGUGGUGAUCACUAAUGGAUUUCUGAACCUUAGGGUUAGUGGGUUUCAAGGUGGGUGAUUUAGGGAGCAUAGAUUUAAUUUGAUUUUUAAAAUUACAGUGUCGCAUUUUGUUUGUUUGGUGCGGGGUUCGAAGGCUUCGGGCUAGAUCUGACGAAAUGGGGCGCAUGAAGCCGGCUCAGUUGUUGGAGAAGAGUAAAAAAAAGAAGGUUCCGGCGAAGCUAAAUGUGGCUACCAUCGUGAUUGUUGGUGUAGUUGUCAUCCUCUUGCUUGCAUCGGCUGUAGUGCUGCAUAGACGCAAAUCUAGCGACGGGAGUAAUGAGAGUAGCCUGAUUGAUAUAAACGACAUUGACAAGGCACCUGAAAAGUUCAUAACAACGGGAAGUGGGGAGCCUCUUCCACGAUAUGCGACCCUGAACACUACCAAGGGAGUAUUUAUUAUAGAGCUCUUUGGAAACCAUGCACCUCUUGCUGUGGAGAAUUUUGUCACACUCAGCAAGAAAGGCUACUACGAUGGAUUGCUAUUUCAUCGUGUCAUCAAGAACUUUAUAAUCCAGACUGGUGAUCCUAAGGGCGAUGGAACAGGUGGCGAGUCAAAAUGGGGCGCCAGUUUCAAGGACGAGUUUAGCGAGUUGACUCAUGAAGCAUUCACUGUAUCUAUGGCAAAUAUAGGCAAACCAAACACAAAUAGGUCACAGUUCUUUGUAACAACUGUUGCGACACCUCAUUUGGACGGUAAAUACACGGUGUUUGGGCGCAUACUUCGUGGUCAGGACGUAGUUCAGGCAAUUGAAAAGGUGGAUACAGAUGGCAAAGAAAAACCUCUUAUACCUGUCAAAAUUCGCAGCAUUAAAAUCUCUGAUGAGUUGUAAGGAUGCCCUUUUUUUAUUUAGCAUUUCCAAUAUUGCCAGCUAAAGUAGCCUCCACUGCAACCGCGCUGGUCAUGAAUCAUGUCACUUCAUGCAGAGGAGAGAAACAGCACCACAGUUCAUUGCUGUUCGUGUUGUUGAACCUGAUAAUUAGUCCGGUUCCUAGUUUCAUUACACCACAAGACAGUAAGGUUAGUGCAUAGAGUUCUUUAAUUAAUUUCUUGGCUCAAAGUGCUUGGGCUAGAGCCUUGUGUCAUUUCUAUUUGCGUGGGAAUUCAGUUUAAUAGCACAAUUGGGUAUGAACGGUAGGUGACGGCUCUAUUUUGUAGCCUUCGGUGGAAGUGGAUUGGGUUCGAGUCUUGCACGAGAAUGUAGCUUAUCCGUAUCAUACUGGUUUUCAGUACGGUUCUUGUAUAAGUAUGCAUGUGAGGAGAUAAGUCGCAUGUAUGCACGACGUAUUUUAUGGCGUUUAUUGUACAAUAUGAGAUAUCGACGUCGAUACUAAAUUCGUUGCA